AGUGGCUUAUGCCAAGUGAGGGAGGAUAUCUGGAGGCUGAAGGUAUAGAAAAGACAUGGUGGAUCAAACAGGAUCAGAUUACUCGUGAAGUUGAUAUUUUAAGCUCAAGGAAUCAAUAUGAUAUAGUGUUGAACGGUUUGUUUAUAGUAGCAUUGCCACAUAGAACAUUUAUAUGCUCAAUAUUCCUUUUCCACCUUCGUCUAGAAACUUGCUGCAAUUUUCUCCUUACCUCUGUGAUCUACAGGUUCUUUUUAGACCAAGCUGCUGGUGGCCGUUGUGGCUUUGUGUGUUUGCCCACACAAUCACAUGUUCUCCGGUUCGAAGCUUUGAUCUUGGUCCCUACACUCUGAACUUUACCCCUAGUGGUCGAUACAUGGCGACUGCAGGGCGUAAGUGGCAUGUGGCUAUUGUAGACAUGAAGAGAAGUAUCUGCAGCUGCAAAAACCAGCAAGAGUGUGGAAGUGGAGAUAGCCAUAUAUAUUUAUAUUUUG